AUGACACUCCUCCCAUGGUGGUGAAGGGACCCUCUAGUGGUCAAGAUAUAUAUGACACCCCAGCAAGCACAGACAAGAACACACAGCAGACGGUGUAUGACUUCCCCCCAUCUGUCAGUAAAGAUGUCCCUGAUGCUCCGCCAAUCAGAGAGGAGACCUACGACGUGCCCCCCCACUUUGCCAAACUCAAGCCAGUCCCUGUCCCUCCUGGCCAGUACCUGCACAACAACCUCAACGACGACGACGAGCCUCCGAUUCCAGAGGACGUGUACGACGUCCCACCCCCCAUCCUGACUGACAAGCAUUACCAUGGAGAUAGGGGCGGAGUCAGCCAGGCCCCCCAGGAGAUCUAUGACAUCCCCGCCAGCCUACGGACCGGAGGUCACCCUACCCAGGAUGUCUACGAUUUCCCUCGGGAACGAGAGGAGAAAGGAGGAGAGCGGGGCGACCACUAUGUCUACGAUGUCCCGCCACAGGUUGUGCGUGAUGCCCAGUCCACCAGUGAGGAGCUCACUUUGUCCUUCAAGCGUCUCUCUGCGUCGAGCACAGGAAGCACACGGAGCAACCACUCUGCUUCAUCCUUAGACAUGGUCCCUGUACGCGACACCUCUUCCUCCUCACUUCCUGCCCCUGGCCCCAUUCCAGGGAAACCUCUCAUGUUGGACCUGGAGCAGGCCAUGGAGCGUCUGUCCCGUCUCCAGCAAGCGGUUGAGUCCAGUGUUUCCCUCAUGAUGUCCUUCAUCACAGGUAACUGGAGAAGCCCUGCUCACCUGGAAGGGAACCUCCCAGCCAUUCAUCAAGCUGCUGACCGGGUGCGCUCCACUGUUCGAGACUUCCUGGAAUUUGCCCGAGGUGCUGUGGCAAACUCCGCCCAGGCCACGGACCGCUCCCUGCAGACCAAGCUGGGUCGUCAGGUGGGGAAGAUGGAGGAGGUCUUCCAGAGUUUGAUUCGACACAGUCAGAGCUUAGAUGCCAUUUCCUGGUCACACACUGUGCUCACAGCACCACCACCAGGAGGGGAUGACUUAGAUCGACUGAUCAUGACAGCGCGAGGCAUCCCUGACGAUGCCAAGCAGCUCGCCUCCUUUCUUCACGGUAACGCCUCGCUACUCUUCAAACGGACCAACAGGCAUCAGCAGCAGCUGCCACUUCCUCCAAUCCCAGGGGAGAUCAGCGGUCACAUGACGGGAUCAGGAAGUGGGAGCUAUCAGGGAGGGGAGAAGGUGAACAUUCAGUCGCGGCCCCUCCCCUCUCCGCCAAAGUUUACAGCUGCAGAGGAAGAGGAAGGUGUGGACAGGCCGUAUGAGACCACAGAGGAAGGCUGGAUGGAGGACUACGACUACGUACAUUUACAGGGAAAGGAAGAGUUUGAAAAGAACCAAAGACAGCUGCUGGAGAAAGGCAACAUCAUCCGACACAAGACACAACUGGAACAGCAACAGAUUAAACAGUUUGAGCGGUUGGAGCAGGAAGUCAGCCGGCCAAUAAACAACGACAUGACGGGCUGGGUCCCAUCCCCACACCACCCUCUGGCCAACCAGCAGCCCCAGAACGGCUCUGGAGGGCCCUCUUCCAAGCUAUGCCACGGCGACCGGCAUCUCCUCCUCUUCUACCAGGAGCAAUGCGAGCAGAACGUCACCACAGUGACCAAUGCCAUCGACGCCUUCUUCACCGCUGUCAACUCAAACCAACCACCCAAGAUCUUCGUUGCGCACAGCAAGUUCGUAAUCCUCAGCGCGCACAAGCUGGUGUUCAUCGGUGACACGCUGUCACGCCAGGCCAAGUCUCCUGAUGUGAGGGCCCGGGUGGCCCAGAGCAGCAACACCCUCUGCGAAAAACUCAAAGACAUUGUGAUCAGCACGAAGACAGCGGCACUCCAGUAUCCUUCCCCCGGAGCAGCCAGAGAGAUGACUGAGAGGGUGAGGGAGUUGGCGGGAUGCACGCAGCAGUUCAGGAUGGUGCUGGGACAGCUGCUGGUAAUGUAGGUGGGGUCAAGGGGGGAGGAGGAAACGACGACCCAGGAGACGUCCCAGGAACAUGUGGCAGUGAAUCCUCCCUGUAACAAGGGAUGGAAAACCCUGCAUGCCCCUGCAGCACAGGGGAGGACCUGGAGCCCCAUGGAGCACAGAGUGCUGCAGGAAACCCUGUACACCCUUCUUCCAUUGUGAGGUUGGAGACCCCACAUCCAUCCUCCGCUUCCUCCCUACCUCACCUUCCACUGGGACCAUUCUUCCCUUAUCCCUCCUUCCUCUGCGUGCUUUUUAUUCUACACAAACUCAAAGGAACAUUUUAUCCUCAGUGGGCUGGGCCAAUGGUUGUAAAAUAAUCAUUGUAAAUAUUUAAGUUACCUAUUUAGUCAGAAAAGCAUAAAGAAAAAAAAAGACUAAAGGACUACCAGUAUAUAAAUAUAAAUAUAUGGUUCUUUUUUUUUUUUUGAAGAAAGAAAAGAUGAAAAGGUAAGUGUAGUUUUUAGACAAUAUCAAUAAUUGUUAUUAUUAUUGCUAUACUGUAUAAUUCUGGCUCUGAUUCUUGAUCCUUGUAUCAUUAUUGUUAUGGAUGUGUAAAUUCCAGAUAUGUACACUGUAAAAUCUGACAAGUUGAUCUUACUUAAAAAUAUCUACGAAACCAACCUUACCAAAAGGUAAGGAAAUACAACUAUUCUUUUGUUAUGUUUGCUUUAUAUGUAUUUGAAAUGUUGUAGCAUUUACUUCAUUUCUUGAAGUCAACUUAAAAAUGACAAGUGAAAUUAAUUUUUCCUUUUUAACUUAAAACCAAGUUUGUCUGACUUAAGUGAACAGUUGUGUUUACUCGGUAAUAUUUGGGAAACUGAUUGCAUUUGGAUUAUUUGUAUUUUAACAAAAUGUUUUCCUGGGUAUCUUCAGACAAGACCAGUGAUUGCACCAAAUAAACAAAAUUAUACAAUCAAAACAAAUCCACUUAAAAACCUCAUUUAAAAAACGAAACAGAAAUAUUCUGACUAAAUUUUUGUCUUUGACUUUAUUUAAGAUUUCAACAGGACUCCAUGUGAUGCAGUUUUAUCACAAAUAUCAAUACUUGCAUGAUAUAUGAAACUGUUCAGUUAAGUGUGACUAACUUGUUUUGUUUUUUUAACUAAAGUGAUAACACUUACAAAGAACAAGUUAACUCACUCGUCAUUUUUUUUGUUCCAACAACUUAACAAAAUUGGGUAAAUACAACUUAAAUUUAAGUCAACUUAACAAUCAUGUAUGAAAAUACAUAAAUUCAGAGUAAUGGUUCUGUUUACUCAUAACUAUCCUAGAUUCCUGGAUUUAUAAAAGUAAGAUCAGCUGGUGAGUUCACAGUGUAUGACUGUAUGUUGUAGUCCAUCUAUGCUCUUCUCCAUCCCUGACAAAGGCACACUUUCCAAAAAGCACUGGAGCACACCCCCUGUUUAAACUUCACCUGAUGACAAACGGACAGCUCUACAUGUCGCUUGUUGCCUGCGUGUUGGAGCACUAUGUUACACAGCAGGACCCCCCCCCUUGAAAAUGAGAUGGUUCCUGUCAAGAGGGUUUAUCCCAAUGAAUUAAGUUGUACAACGGCAGCGUGGCUCAAUAAUCCACACUGAUCUUAAUCCAUCAGAGCAGGCAACACUGCUGCCAAGAGCUGUCCACAGAGCUGUACAGUUCAAUCCUGCAGUGAUUAAAGAUGUUUCAGUGCCAUCUCAGAUGCUUUUUUGGAAAUCUAUAUGUAGGUUGUUUUGUAAGAGGCAUGUAUAACAGAAAAGGAGUGUAAAAGGUUCAAAACUAGAAAUGAAAUUAAACCUGCUCUUCUUCUUUUCUCUGA